ACUCGCUUUUCUUUAUUCAAAAUAUUUCUGAAAUAUACACUGGAGGGUGGGAAGAACUACCAAAAAGUGUUAGUUCCCCAAACACCCGAUCUGCAGCGUUACGCAAUUUUGUGAACCAGCCAAACUUUAGUCUGAUUUCCAAAGGUCUCGGUCAGCAGGAAGCCAUGAGAGAGAGAGAGAGGAAAAAAUGAUGUAUGUCAUAACUGGGAUGUUGACACAGAGGAGGAAGAAAAAGAGAUAGAACCGUCAGCCAGGACUUUGGCUUACCAAGAGAGGGAAGGAGAAGAAAUAUUUCCCCUCUCUCAUAGCGGAGGGCUAAAGGCAGGAUCACACAGAAUAUCGACAAAACAAGGAGCGAAAAUCAAACGGUCUGAACUGAAGCGGAAAGCGUUCUCAUCUUUACAGAGUCCUUCUAAUAGAUUAGCCAACAUGGGUUGGCAGCAUUUUGUUCCUGGAAUAAGCCUCUUGUUGCUCAAGCUUACAGGGACAUCCCUGUUCCUUGUUUUCAUUCCACAGAUCUUCCCCAGGGGAAACUUCAGCUUCAUUCCUGAGGAGAAUUAUACAGAACUGCUGACUUCUCCGAACCUGCCUGAAGCAAGAGCUACAAUUGCAACCACAGUCCAGAUUCCUCAGAAGCCUCCUACAUGGGAAAGACACAGUGGGAGUGAAUUUUGGUUUACUGAAACCAAGGAGGUUUGGUUGCACUGCCGAGUCGAUUGCAUGCAAUGGAGCUCCGACCUAGCGAUCAUCAGUGAUAGAAAUGAACUGGAGUUUAUUCAGAAUAAAACUGCAGUGGGUUCUUAUUUCAUUGGACUGACGUAUACAGUGGCUCAAAACAAAUGGCUAUGGAUCGACGGCACAGAACUCAGGAAUAACCUCUUUGCAAUGACACCAAAAGCGGCGGAUGAUGAAUGUGCAACUCUUGCAGCAGGAGAACUGAAACCAGUGUCAUGCCACCAAGAACACCACUGUAUCUGUGAGAAGAAUCCUGUGUAGUUCAUCUGAAGCAGCACCAUGCAGUGACGUAACAAGGAAGAAGACAGAACCAUGGACUUUUAUUCUGGGACAUUCUCAGCUCUAUCUGGUGGAGCCUUCUCCAUGCAGAGAAGAUGCUCUAACCCUUCCCUCAGGUUGGACUUCAAAGCAAUGAAUGGAAAUGUUAUGUACUGAAGUUCUCACCCUGGGCCAGCAGGGGGAUACUGUAGAUAGUUAUGCAAAUAAGGGAUCGAAAGUGACGUUCAGUGAUUGGAUAGUUUUAGAAAAUUGUAACAGUUACAUUGUACUGGAGCUCUAUAUAAGCAGGCUGACUGAACCCUUCAGUUCAGUUCUGUUCUGGCCUGUAAAUAAACAAGAGCUGUUUGAAGAAUCGCUGUGUCGUCUGAAAUGUUCACCCACAACAUAACAGGAAAAGCAUUAUAAUUUCCUAAUAACUAAAAUGUCUUU